CUUUAACCAAUCACUUAGCGUGUGAUUUUAGUUUACAUUAAACGACAUGAAAUAGAAUGUUCAAAUGUACAUAGUAUUCUUUUGUCAAUGCAGUAUAUGACCGUGGGAAAUGUAUUGUCUCGAACAUCAAGUAGAAUGUUCAAAUAGAUGUAUCAUAUUCUGUCCCUAAUGCCGAAUUGAACUGUGGGAAUAUGUGAGAAUAAUAUUCCGUUGGCAUUAGUUAACAUAAUUUAGUAAAAGUCAAUCGUAAAAGAUGUUUGUACCCGUAAAAUUCUUAACAUUUAGUUCAGGAGUUAUUUUGCUAAUCCUGUGCUCGCAAUAUACCUCACCCUCUUAAUUAUUAGAAACUAGGAACUGACGUACCUCUUGCAAAUGGUUGCUGACAUUAUAGAUCACAAGGUACAUUUCAUGCGGUCGGAUAUUUCGCUGUACGAGGAUUCAUCUCUUAUAGAUACUGGGACCGUGAAAAUAACUGAAAGUUGCUUUUCAUGGGAAGGCACAUCACUACAAUUUUACAUUCCCUACUUACAAAUCGCGUUGCAUGCAAUUGCAAGGAAUACAGAUAACCAAACAGGAAAUAACGUGUUCCCUCAUCCACAUUUAUUGAUAAUGGUAGAGGGAGAUCGAGUCUGGGACCCAAACAGUGCAAGUGAAUCGAAGCCACAAACUGAUGAAAAUCAUAUGGCAGUUGACGAAACUGAAUCUGGAGAUGAGGAUGCGAGCGAUCAAGACAAUCGUGAUGUAGAUUUUCCUAGUACUACAUCUAUUCUGCGUCUGGUUCCAUCUGAUUGUGCUCACUUGGAGGACAUGUUCAAAGCAUUAGCUGAUUGUCAAGCUUUAAACCCUCAUCCCGAAGACGAUAACUCUGAUUUGGAUAGUUUACCAGAAGAUAAUGAAUAUGAAGAGAAUGAUGAGGAUGCAGAAUUAGAAAACCAUGCUUGUAAUAAUGGGACAAAUUUCGAUCCAGAUCAGUUCGCUGAUGCAUAGAAUUUCAAUAUGCAUCCAGAUGUAUAAAAUAAAUGUAUUUUUUUUCUAAUAAAAGUUGUCAUUGA